AUGAAAACCGUCCCAACCACCCCAAGCCAUGCGAUAGGACUCGGCACAAAUAUUGCUUUGCCUAUUAUUUCCCAACCCCACCCCGACUUGGCUAAAUUGAUAGACGGCUUUCACAGGCAACUCACCUACCUAAGACUUUCUGUUACCGACUUUUGUAAUUUUCGGUGUAACUAUUGCUUGCCCAACGGCUACACCGCGAAUGGUGGCAAGCGUCCCGAUAACGAACUAUCCCUUGACGAAAUCGCUACGCUGAUUCAAGGCUUUGCCACACUCGGCACAACCAAAGUACGUCUAACAGGUGGCGAGCCAUCCAUUCGUCACGAUUUACCACAAAUCAUUGAGCUAGCCAAACAAACGCAAGGUAUUAAAACCGUAGCGCAAAUCACCGGCUUUGAUAUCUUACCGACUUUGUUAAAAGAUAUUGAUAAAUUGCUUGAAAGCACUGAAAUCCACUUAAAGUUAAACGGUAUUCUCAAGGCAGACACUGCCUUUGACAAUUUGCAAAAUGCGUUGGUAUAUGUCAAAGACCGCCCUGUGACAUAUCGUUUUAUUGAGUUUAUGCAAACGAGUGACAACAGCGAGCUAUUUUUUGCCGAACACGCUAGUGGCAAAACCAUUAAAAACCAUCUGCUUGAAAAUGGCUGGACGGCUACCGAGCGCGCAAUUGACAGUGGCCCUGCGACUGAAUUUCGUCAUGAUGACUAUGUGGGCAAAAUCGGACUGAUUGAACCGUAUGCACCGCAAUUUUGCGAUAGCUGUAAUCGUCUUCGUGUCAGCAGUCAGGGCAAAAUUCAUCUUUGUUUGUUUGAUCAACAAAACUAUGAUAUUCGCCAAUUUUUGAGCAAUCAAGACAAAGACGGAUUGAUAUUAGCAUUACAGAAUCUUAUGCCGAUCAAGCCAGAACACCAUUUUUUGAAUGACAGUAAUAGCGGCAUGAUGGCAAAUCUUUCUAUGGUUGGUGGUUAG